AUGCAGGUUUACAGGAAGUCUCACUAUCAGGAAGUUGAAGAACUUUUCGGCAAGAUUUUCAAUACUCAAACUAAAAAGAAUGAAAGCGGACUUUAAUUUGUGUUAAUCAUUCCAGGCGCUCUCAACUCUGAGUCAACAGGAGCUGCCGGAGACGCCAUGAACCGCAUCCCCCUGCAGCAGCCGCAGAGCUGUGGGUCCUGGGAGCUGAAGGAGCGUCUGGGGACCGGGGGCUUUGGAAAUGUCACCAGGUGGCAAAAUAAGGACACGGACGAGCAGAUUGCUCUCAAACAGUGCCGCCAGGAGCUGAGUGAGCGAAACAAGGAGCGAUGGUGUCUGGAGAUACAAAUCAUGAAGAGGUUGGAUCAUGCUAAUGUGGUGGCGGCAAGGGAGGUUCCUGAAGGGAUGCAAAAGCUUGUGGCCACCAAUGACCUGCCACUGUUGGCAAUGGAGUACUGCCAGGGAGGAGAUCUGAGAAAGUAUCUGAACGUCUUGGAGAACUGCUGUGGAAUGCGAGAGGGCUCCGUUUUGAUUUUGUUGUGCGACAUUUCUUCAGCGUUGACGUACCUCCACAAGAAGCGCAUCAUCCACAGGGAUCUGAAACCUGAAAAUAUUGUCUUACAGCAGGGAGAGAAGAGGUUGAUCCACAAGAUCAUCGACCUUGGGUAUGCAAAGGAGCUGGAUCAAAGCAGUCUUUGCACCUCGUUUGUGGGAACGCUUCAGUACUUGGCUCCAGAGCUCAUCGAAAGGCAGAAGUAUACGGUCACUGUAGACUAUUGGAGCUUCGGAACGUUGGUGUUUGAAUGCAUCACAGGAUUUCGCCCCUUUUUGCCAACCUGGCAACCUGUUCCCUGGCACAAUAAACUACGAAUGAAGCAAGACAGUGAUAUUGUUGUCUAUGAGGACCUUUCUGGUGUUGUCCGCUUCGCCAGGCAUAUUCCUCAGCCCAACAACCUUAACAGCCUUUUAGCAGAGAAGCUGGAGAGGUGGCUGCGGCUGAUGCUUAAAUGGUCUCCGCAAGAAAGGGGCAAAGAUCCUGAAGCCACGCCCAGCAACUGUUUCUCCCAGCUGGACCUUAUUCUGCAACUCAAAAUCGUUCACGUUUUGAAUAUGAAGACUGCUAAGAUCCUGACAUACUCUGUUACGGAUGACGACACGGUGGCUAACUUGCAGAGGAGGAUAGAAGAGGACACAAGCAUCCCUGCUGCCAAGCAGGAGCUACUGCUCGAGGCCGGCCUAGCCUUUGAGCCUCAAGCGUUAGCCACACAGUGCGCCAUUGAUUACAGCGAGAUAGAUGGCCGACGGACAGACUUACCUCUCGUCUUCCUGUUUGUUCGCUCCUCUUGUAGUUACGAGCCCCCGUUGACACCUCGCACCUUCCCCGAAAAUAUAUGUUUUGUCCAAAAUGACCCCAAGCACGUUCUGACUUACAGCCAUCUGAGGAGGACUUGUGGCCAGGCGUGGCACACCAUUCGCUCUCUUAAGGAGGACUGGCAGAGGCUGCAGCAGGGACAGAAAGCUGCUAUUAUGAGCUUGCUGAGACACAACUCGUCACUGUCUAAGCAGAAGAAUGAGAUGGUGUCCAUGCACCAGAGACUUAUGGCCAAACUGGACUUCUUCACUACCAGCCUUCACAUAGACAUGGACAAAUACCAGGAACAGACCGCUACUGGCAUUGCUUCAGAGAAACUGCUGGGAGUGUGGAGGGAGAUGGAGCAGACUGCUGUCAGCUGCGGUCAGCCACAAGUGAGUGAACUAGAAGAAGAGAUGAUGCACUUGCAGCAAGACAUUCUGGACGUUCAGCGGCAGCCGUGGAGGAGCGGGGAGGCUUUGGAAACACUUGAGGGAAAGGCCAUGGAGCUGCUGCGCAAACUUAGAGAGAAACCCAGAGACCAGAGGUAUUCAGGGGACGGCCAGGAGGUUGUACGGCUGGUGGUUCAGGCAGUGCAGUUCUACGAGAGAAAGCUCCGAGACUUCUACACACAUCUGAGCAAGACAGGUGCUUGUCGCCAGCGCGUGAUGAAGCUUCUGCCAAAGGUGGAAGGUGUGGUGCAGAAGAUGGCUGAAAGUGAACAAGUCUUGAUGAAUCUGCAGAAAAAACGACAAAAGGAGCUUUGGAACCUCCUGAAAGUUGCCUGUAGUAAAGUUCGAAGCCCCGUAAGUGGCAGUCCUGACGGCUCUCGAACGCCCUCUUCAGUGCCACCCUUGAUGACCCCCCAACAAAGUUCACAGCAAUUGGACGAGUCUCUGGUGGAGGAGAACAAGAACUUUGAAAGUCGACUGCAGAGUUUGCUCCAUGACACCAUUCAGGAGUCGGAGAGCAGCAUGGAGAUGUUGAGGGAGUGGACGUGGCUCAAUGGAAGUCAAAGUCUCUCCAGCGAUCUCUCCUAGACUGUGACGUCACCUGCUGCCAUCUAGCGGCUGUAAGAGCAAACUACACACUUGUGUUCAACAGAAGGGAACAACAGUGCUUUAAAAAAUGUUCCCCGUCUGAAAGGCGUCUGCAAAUGUUCAAAAUAUUCCAUAUAUAUUUUUUUAUGUGUAAUGCAUGUGUUUCAUACAGUAAUUGUAUAUAAAUAUACAUACAGUGGGGCAAAAAAGUAUUUAGUCAGCCACCG